AUGGAUGCACAGUAUCCCUUUGCCUCGCGCGACGAUAUCUGGCGUGUCCUCGAUGAGCUCAAGGAGCUCCAGGUCGCCCAGUACGAGCAGGGCGAGAGGCUCGCACGACUGGAACGUCGUCGUGACGAUGAUGCCAGGUUGAGAAGUCUCUGGGGUCCUUCGUCGCCUUUCCCGACUUUGGUGGCGAGCUCUAUUCCUGCCGAAACCACCUUCAAUUCUCCCCCUGACCCUUUCAAGGGCUUUGACGAAGGACACCAUCACGGUAUGGCUGCCUCCACAGUUGGCCUCGACGGAGAGGAGGAGCCCCGACGUGGAACCUCACGAGCGAACAGCGUACGAUUUGACGAGAGCGCGAAUCAUGGAUACUACGGACAGGCGAAUCGUUCAAGCACGGACCUACCUGUGAGAACUGGCAGUGGGAUGGGAAGCCACCCGCUGACCGAGAGGUCCUUGUCCCACCGAUCUGACGGUAGGAUGAGCUCCUCCGGAUUCUCGCAUCAGUCGGCCCGGACCAAUAGUCUAGGUCUGGAAAGCAGAGGUCUGUCAGGCUCUUCGCUAGAAGUGUCUCCUAUCACUCCGCCCCCUGGAUUGUUCUUGAUAGGGCCCGUACCGUCUAUCAUUCGCUGCUGGCUGACGGAAACCUUCUCGAACGAAGCGCUUCUGUACGCGGCUGUUUGUUCAGGCUCUUACGUGUCAUCGCUGGGCACAACAACAAUCACCAAGCUUGGACUUGAAGAGUCUAUCAUGCACAAUGAAGAGCGGCCUUACAUCAAGCUUCCUCUGUAUCUUACCGAAGCUAGAGUUCAAACGCCAUCAUCACGUCCGGCCAGCCCCCAACCCCAGCUUCCAUCGUUGAAGGUCAAAUUUCUGGUACGCGAAACAGGACCCGAAGACGAUUCAAUCCAGAUUAUCAUUGGAAGUGAUGUGCUCCGCUCUUGCAAUGCCGAAAUCUCCUUUGUCCAGGACAGGAUGACAAUAGUAGACGAUGAGGGAAGCCGGGUUUCCAUUCCGCUGGUGCGCCCCGAGAAGGACUCAGUAUUUAAACACUUGUGUACGGGCCCCGAUACCACGGCCCGGGAUUUCCGGCCCUCGCGCAUGAAUGGAAAGCCUACCGUGGGAUUUAUUGGCGAACACGCUCCAGCUGCGCAAUCAACCUCGGCGCCUGCGUCGACUCUUGUAUCCAUGGGCGAGUCUGAUGAAGCCCACAAGCUUCAUCUGCAAGAGUCGGGCGAGUCACCCACCUGUUCAUCUACUUUCUCUACUUCGGCUACAGCUACCGAUUCAGCGCAUGCCUCAGCUGCCAAAUCAGAAGGAGCUGGUGUGUGGGGGCCUUGGCGCCGUGAGUCCAAGCCGGACAAUGCCGCCGCCAACAAAGCGUCCACCGCACGAGCUCGCACAAUGAAAGUGCUUCGACCCGCCAAGUCCAGCAGCCGUGUGGCCUCUGCUUCGACUCCUUCUAGCGCUACAUCCGAACACGUUGAGUUCCAGAACAGUCAGUCAGAGAAUACCGCGCCUGCGCAACCUGUAGGUCGCAGGUUUUCCGAUGAGAAUCGAUCCGGCAAAGCACCGGCAUCUAACCCCAUUGGAGGCGCAUCUGCAUUUGGAUGGCUCAACUCGAGCUCGUCUGGCAACAACCUCACUCGUCAGUCCUAG